AUGGAGUCUUCUGGGCCCUUUACCACUAUACAAGCCAGCAGUGGCCUGGUAGCAAUGGGAGUGUGUAUAUAUAUAUAUAUAUAUAUAUAUAUAUAUAUUAUAUAGCAAAAUCCAAAUAGGCUGGAGGGGCGUGGCCUGGGCGUCGCCUAAGCGCUGAGCUCCGCUCCACAAAAGCACAAAGAACGGAGCACCCCACUACUCACCGGCGCGCACUGCCACCAAUGGGUCGCACAAAGAGAGGGGACCUCCCCCAGACCCCCAAACCUUCGGUCUCGGGGUCGCAAACGGGGCCGAUGGAUGAGUUCCUCCACGCGCCAUGCGGCCCGGACCCCAGCUCCCCGACAUCCAAAAUCGCGCCGACCUCGCCAGCAUCCACAUGCUCCACUGCCGACACGACUACACUGGCAGACAUCGGAGCAGAACUGAAACGCGUGGCAAUGAAGAUGGUCACAAAAGAUGACCUCACCCACCUGACUAACAACAUAUCUGAAGCAAUUAAAUCUGAAGUGAACGGCCUGAAGGCCGAAAUUAAAGCACAGGAACACCGCAUACAGCAGGUGGAAAAAAGGGCACAGACCACUGAAGACCACUCUACAGCCACAGACACGGCCCUCAAACGCCAGGGCACCCUCAUACUGGCCAUGAGGCGACAGCUAGAAGACCAGGACAACCGCAGUCGUCGCAACAAUAUCAGGGUAAGGGGGAUACCUGAAUCUCCAGAGGGGGAAAAUAUAGAAGAGAUGCUCACCUCCCUAUUCCGCAUCAUCCUAAGGGAGGACACACCAGCGAUUAUUAAAUAUGACAGGGCACAUAGAGCACUCCGCCCCAGGCCCACGGAGGGAACCCCCAGGGAUAUAAUAUGCUGCCUGCACUCCUUCGCCACCAAAGACAUGAUCAUGAGGAAAGCUAGAUCCAGGGCCCACUGGAACUACAGGGGCGCAGAAAUAUCCCUCUACAAUGACCUAUCACCAAUGACCCUGGAGGCUAGAAGAGCCCUGAGACCGGUUACCACCAUCCUGAGGGAGAGGAAUAUGCAAUAUAGAUGGGGUUACCCAUUUAGCAUCACAGUUAGAUAUAAUAAUGAAUGGGUCUCCGCACGCUGGCCAGAAGACAUUCCUCAAUUCCUACAACGCCUAAACCUACCGCCAACCCUGGUUCCGAACUGGGUAUUCAUGCCGCUGGAUCCAAGACCACAACCGCAGCGACAAGCAAGGCGAAGAAGAUGGAACUCUCAAGGUGAAGCUCCGCGACACCGACCAGACCUAAACAACCCAGAGGAAUAA